UUACCGAGUUAGAGUUAUUUGUGCGGCCGUGAGGAGAAGACGCGGGAGGAGGCACACAGGAUUUAUUCAGUUGGCCGCAUCUUAUGUGCAAUCCAGUGUAGUGUAGGAGGCGGAGAGGGAGCAUAACCCGGUGCUUAUGUUUAUGUGUUAGUGUGUGUGUGUGUGUAAAGUGUUGGCUGUGAACAGAGAAAACAACUCCGAUGCGGGAAUUGUGUGUCGAAAGAAUCGCCAUGAGCACAAGAGUUGCUUUGCCGAUGCACACGGGCUGCUGCACUAUGUCGGAGCUACGGCGUCAGCUCCUCCCCAGCCCCCCACCUACCCAGGACCGCACUGCCCAUGUUCGGAGAAACCUGUUUGGACCGAUAGACCGCGACGAAAACCUCAAGUUCGCGCAGGAUGAGAUGAACAAGGUAUCGCAGGCCAGCUGCAAGCGGUGGAACUUUGAUUUCAAGGCCGAGAAGCCGAAAGAAGGCCGCUACAACUGGGAGCCUGUAGGUGAAGCCGUGCCACAGGCCUAUGAGAUGCCUAGACUCACUGCUCUCACCACACACGCCACAACCACACCUCACACCACCAUAACCGCACCCAAACCCGUGCAUAAAACUGUACCUGAGUGUUCGAGCUCGACCAAGAGCGAACAGCAACCCUCCACGUCGAGCACGCCCGUCACGGGGCCCGACACACCCACGCCCACCACAACCAGUACAUCCAUAUCAACUGCCAAACUGCCCACUCCCGCUGGAAGCAGUAAAGCAUCGCCAGCCAGCCAGAGCAUACGGAAAGCAGUAAAGCUGGACAGAAGAGAAAGCAGCAGGAAGAAAACUAUAGCCACGACGAGAAUUACAAGGAAAACUGCCCAGCCUCCAGUAACAGACUACCUGAGGAUCCGCAAGAGCAAGCGGCCGGCGUCCAAGCUGGAGGAGGACCCGCCGCCCGCCCUCGUCAAGCGCACCAAGACGACGUCCUCGUAAUGGCUCUCGGUCCCCGCGCCGCCGGCCAGCGCCACUGCCUCCGCCGCCGACUCUCCCUCGCCACCGCGGCACUCCAGCGCCGCCUGACGUCCGCUUGCGACGGGGCGACAGGCGGGGAUGCCACAGUGCCAAGGGCUGCGUGGCACCGAGGGCGGCCCGGGAGAAGAAGGGGCGACCAGGGUCAAGACGCCAGGAAUCCUCGACGGGCGUGUGUGUGUCUGCGUGUGUCUGUGUUCCCAAGUGGCUCCCUCUCGCCGCCCUUGGUCUUCGGCCGUCAAGAUCUCACGCUUCUGCCUUCCCCGGGCCUGGUGGCGCAGAGGCGGCAGCGGCGGGCGGGCGGGCGGUCGGCGGUAGGCGCCUCCGAGGUGCAACGUGCGAGCGGCUCGGUUGUGUUGCGGCGGCGGUGUUUCUGGUGCUCAAGACAUUAUAUACACACUGGGAGAGACACUUGAGUGAAGUGAUGGUCUGCUUGUAGCGCCGCGCCGAGCCCACACGCCCGCACGACCGCCGGCGACCCGCCCGCCCUUCCCCCGCCUCCCCGAGUGGCCGGGGACUUCCACAAAACUCCAUGAUCUCACUGUUUGAACAUUGUUUUUUAUGUAAAUACGUAUUGUAUUUAUUUCGUAUUCAGUUAUGAGUGUGGUGCCAGCGUGCGUGCGUGCGCGUGCCCAGCGUGCUCGCCGGGUCGGUGCCAGGCCGAGCGCCAGCCGCCCGCGAGCCGCCGCCCGCGCCCAGGCUGCUGGGUCUCUUAUACAAACUUUACCGUGAUCCAAAGAAAGCUAUUGGAUAUGCCCAAAGAAGCUGCAUCGCGAGCACGCAAACUUGUGCCUUGGGUCAAUGGGCCGCAAGGACCAGCUUUGCGUGAGUGGUCCACACAUGCGCCUUCCUGUCAGAGAUUACCAGUGUCCGAUCUCAUCAACUCUGAACACCGUCUAUAUUUUUUUUAUUAUAUAUUUUUUUCCUUCUCAAACCUUGUGCUCCUGAGCAAAGUUAAUCUUCAACAUUCACAGUACAAAAUUUUUGUAACUAUUUAUAAACUUACUCAUUUAUUUAUUGUCAUACCUGAAGGUGUAUGGGCUCCAACGUUACAUGGUCACUCGGACUGCGGGGCGGCGGGGCGGGGGGGCGGGGGGUGGGUGCGGCCCGGCUGCUCCCCCUCCUCCACGCUCCCUCCGACCCGCACUUUGUUAAGUUUGCUCACAAGCCCAUAUUGCCACUUUUCCCCAACAAUUGUACCGAGCACCCUGCCACCCCCACCCUCCUGUGGCCCCACCCCCACCCCACCAUGCCCCCUCUCCCCUCCUCCCCCUCCUCCUCCUCCCCCCACCCACCCCGCUCCCCCGUCCCGCAAUGUACUCCACCAAACAUCCCUCUGUUGUAUUUAUCAAGGAAAAUUGAGCUUCGUUGUGGAGACAAGGAUGACGUAUCCCGAUAUAUUGUGCUAAAUUUGGCUCUCCUGACCCAGUAGCUCUGCCUGCCACCCUCCACCUCCCUCCCCCGUCCCCUCCCCCACCAUUCUCUCUCUCUCUCUCUCUCUCUCUCUCUCUCUCUCUCUCUCUCUCUCUCUCUCUCUCUCUCUCUCUCUCUCUCUCUCUCUCUCGCUCUCUCUCUCUGAUCUCAACCUUUACAUCCUCCGUUAUCUCGUGUCUCCCCGUCUCCACCCAGUCUUCCCGUUGAUUUUUGUUACUUAUUUUCACCGUAAUUUGUUCACUCAUUUAUGUAAUGUUGUUACUGGCAACAUUGAUGAUAAGGAUGUUGCCGCCAUCCUCUGUCAGUGUGAUACUUAAAGAUUUAUUGCUGUUUGAAAUACUUAGCGAGUUCACUUAGUAGCCUCAUUUUUUUUAGUAAUAUAUUCAUCGCAUCCCCCUUCUCCCCUCUCCCCUCUCCCCUCUCCCCUCUCCCCUCUCCCCUCUCCCUUCUCCCUUCCCCCCUCUCCCUUCUCCCUUCCCCCAACAGACCUGCUACACCUGCGUCAGAGUUAUCUGUAUCAGUUGUACAUCAAAUAUGCGCGUAUGUGUGUUUGCAUAUAUAUAUAUAUAUAUAUAUAUAUAUAUAUAUAUGCAUAUAUAUAUGUAUGUAUGUAUAUGUAUUAUAUAUGUGUGUAUAGAUAUAUGUAUUGAUAUAUACAUAUGUAAGUAUAUGUAUCUGUGUUAUACACGCACAUGUAUGCCUAUUUCCCGUGUACGUGCCUAUGUACAAGCUAUUACCUUGUUUGAUACAAAGGGUCAGUGUCCGCAAAAGGAAAGAGAUUGUCCAGAUUUGGAUAUUUGUUUGUUUGGCUUGACUGUUACCUGCCUUGAUAUAUCAUAAUACAAAGACUACAAGUUGUCGAACAAUUGAUCUCAUUUUGGAAGCAGCGCUAAUCUCGGCUGCGAUCGGUUCAUGGGCUCACGUUGCCCCCCGGCGCCCACCGCUCUCGAGGGGCCGUGGGCGCAGGCCUACAUCAGCGGGGGGGUUGAACUGCCCGCCCCAUGAACCCCUCGUAGUGUCAGUUCUUGUGUAGUUUUGAUAGAUAUGAAUAUAUAUUUUUCUCUGUCCCUUUUUUAAAGUCUUUAUGCUGACUAUAUGGAUAUCAUAUUUUCUUGUUGAUGUUUCUGUCUUUUAUAUAAUGUUUACUGCCAUGUCUACUACCAUAUUUACCUGUUUAACCUACCUGUAUAUUCCGGAUGUAUGCCGCUAAGUAGUUCCCGAUGCGGAGGCUGGCACCCACGCCCGCCUUCCGCCUGUCAUAUAACACUUGAGUUAAGUAAGACGCCCACACUAACCCAAGCUUCUGCCAGUGUUGUAUGCCGCCGCCCCACGCCCUCACACGCGCGAGGAGUCGGCCCGCUUGGCUUCGUAAAACCUGUUUGUAACGCCGCGCCGACCGCACUCGAGUCGGCGCGGUCUCUUGCAGGUCCCGGAGCCCUCCCCCUCCCCCCUCGCGGCCGCCCCAGGGCCUGCCUGCCUCGAGAGUAGUCUCAAUGCAGUCACCUCGGCGAUGGCGUCGCGCAUAAAAAUGGAGAUGCGAAACCAAUCGAAAACUCGGCAUCCUUUCCCGCUCUCCUUCAGGGGAGAGAGGGAGAUCUCCUGCAGCAUGCGCAAGCCCUCGCCGAGAGUGAGUCCCGAGAAGCGUCACGGUUUGGCAGGACCCGAGGCCUCAGCGGAGGGAGGGAAGGGCGUCCGGGGCGCGUGUAGCAAGCAGCCUGUCGCUGGCCAUACACCGCCUAGCUUCCACGCCGUACAAUAGUCUUUUUUUUACCCAGGAUUCGUAACCAGUUUAACCAGCCCAGGGUUUGCACCUCAUGACUCCCUCCCCCUCUCUCUCAUCCCCACCGCCGCACACUUGACGCCCCGCCGCCACCACGCUCGGCCCAACAUCUUGCCAAGGGAAGGUUUGUUGACUUUAGGCCAAGUGGACCGAGAGGCGGUAGCCAAGCAACACCGGGUAGUGAUAACACUGCCGUUCCCAGGUUGCGCAUUACGAGUGGAUUACGUACCGUCGCCGCACCAGCUGUAGGGGGUCCCUUUCGGGUCCAGGCGGGACGCAGGCGGAGGCGAUCGGGCGCUGGACACGGGGAGGGAGAGGGAGAAAGAGAGCGAGGUGCUCCUGUUUUAGUCGAUAUGUCCAUUUCUUGGCUUCUUAGUGAUAGUGCCGAAGGGCCCUUGCUGGCACAGUUGAAAAAUAAAUGCAUUUUUUUGAAUUUGCAAUCCCAUCAAGAUUAACUUUUACGUUGUAAUAUUACCCGUACUGAAAGAACAAAAUAUUUUAGUUAUGAUUGCAACGUCGCAUUGGUCCUGGCUUAGGUACCCUCAUUCUACACUCCAUCUUCUUCUUUCUGUUUUUACGUAUAGAGCUUUUCUUGUUCUAACACUGACAAUCAAUGUUUUUGUUAGGUAAAGUUGCCCUCAGGUACACAAAGAUGAUUCAUAGAGACUUGAAAAUUGUAUUUUUUAUUUUUUGAUUAUUGUUAUUAUUUUUUGUUUUAUUUUGUAUUCCUGUAUUAAUGAAUAGCCACAAAGAGAACUUUCAUCUGAAAAUGUGCCUAAGAUUUACUGUCAAUAUAAGUAUUGUUAUGUUGAUGUCUGCUUAGCCACCAUAAGAAGACUUUUUAAUCUUCGCAUAUAUAUAUAUAUCUUUUGUCCUUUUCCUUCUCUCUUGUCUUCGAACGAAUAUCAGACUUCCUUUAUACGUCCCAAUACGUCCCAGUGUGUCAGCGUGACAUAUCCCGAACGCCUUCCGAUGUGUGGCUAAGCAUCGUCAGGCGAAGUUAAAAGUUUUUGUGCUUGGUCGCUGCCUUGAAGACCAGGCCUCGCUCACAGGCACUCUCUCGCGACACCUGUGAUGCCCCCUUGACAAUGGUUCAUUUAUUUAUUGUUAUUAUUAUUUUUUAAACCCUUUGUUUUACAUCUCAGGUCAAUUUCAUAUAGUCUGAGAUUACCACAAUGUCGUAAAAAAAAACAAAAAACUAAACAUGUCAUAGUGAUUAUUGUCCCAGGUAAUUUUUAAAAAUCAUUUUUGUAAUUUGUAUUUUUUUUUUUUUUUUCUUAUCUUUGUUUGUCAUUUGUGCCAUCUGUGAGCUUGGCCGCGUGUACGGUGGAGGUUUGUGAGUGUUUAUCAUAAGUGCCAAAUUGUUAGGCCUUUAAAAGAAGAAAGAGAGAGAUUCUUCACUUUUUUGCUUUUGGCAUGGUUGUACUUCCCUGUAAGGUUCAAUAAGGUUCAACGCAAGGAAAACUUAAACAGAGUUCAAUCUAGGAAACCAAAUUUAGCAUUACAUCGAACGAACCGAUUUGGACAUCCAAUGUUUUUUUUUUUUUUUUUUUUUUUUUUUCAUGUAUGUGCACUUGCAUUUCAUAACUUGAAUAUGCAGUAACAUUACGAAAUUCAUGUAUCUGUUUGUUUGUUGUUUUUUUUUCUUUUUUUUUCUCUCAAGAGUCCUGUGGUUAUAGCCCAGUCUCGGUCUUCUGUCCCGUGGGCCAGUGAUAUGGUAUUUUCUUUUUAAAACCUUCUAAUUUCUGUCGAUAUUGUUUUUGUAAUUAGUUCCACCUCUUGUCACCUCUUCUUCACAUACACAGAGUAGUUUUUUUAUUUAUAAAUAUCAAGUAAUGGGUCACAGGCGUAAAAGAAGUAACCGAGAGAAGGUAACUUAACCGGGACUUUAUGACAAAAUUACCCGGAUGAUACCCGCGGGGUCGUUCCGCUAUAGUGAAUCUUACGUGGUCACAGCCCAGGGCAAGAAAAUGGUAUACAGGACGAAAUUUUGUAGCCUCGUGUAAUUUUUUUUUAUUUGGUUGUAUAAGGCCCAAUAAAAAAAGAAAAGAAAAAGAAGGGUUGGGGAAAACUAAUUCUUAUUUUGAAAGACUUUAAAAAUGUGUCAUUACUUUAGUUUUUUUUUUUUAGUUUUUUUUUUUUCUUCUCUUCGGGUCUUAGGAUUUGUGUAAUACUUUCACCAGGUUUUGUGACUUGAUAGUACAAUGCUGUUGUUAUUUGUCAUCAUUUUCUUUUCCCCCAACUGUGUAUCACUUACGGAAAGUGGAGAAUUUGGCAUUAAUAGUGUGAAUUGGCCAAAUGUCUCUUGCGAAGCUCCCCAAAAGGGCUUCAGAAGCUGAUCUCAUCGAAGAUUGUAGAAUUCGUAGUAAUAUAUGUAUGUAUAUUGUAAAUAAGAGUAUUGUCCAAAUUAUGAUUGCAAAAUUAUUGUAAAUAUAUGAUGAGGAAUCGAAAAAUAAAAAGAAAGGAAUUAUA